AUGAUGGAGUCGAUGCCCGUGUCUUACGCCAGCACCAUGGGCGGUAUGAUGGGGCAUUACUUUGGCACCGGGAGUGCAGCAGCCAUGGGUGUGGGGCAGAUCCCCCCCUCGCACCACACGAACCCCCAUGGGCAGCAGCAGCCCCCUCAGCAGCCCCCGCAGCAGCCAGAGGCCAGUCACCCCCAUCAGCAGACAACCCACACUUCUCACACACCUGCGCAGAACACACCUGAGACACUAACAGCGAGCAACCCCCAUCUCCGCCAGGCCGCACUCGUCACCCCCGUGUCGACGCCUUCGCCCGCGGACUCAACGGCUUCAGGAUGCUCCCCAAGCGGCUCCUCUCAGAAGAAGGAGAACGGCUCUAAGGAGGACCAUAUCAAGCGCCCCAUGAACGCCUUCAUGGUGUGGUCGCGCAUGCAGCGCCGCAAGAUCGCCCAGGACAACCCCAAGAUGCACAACUCGGAGAUCUCAAAGCGCCUCGGAGCUGAAUGGAAACUCCUGACGGAGGCCGAGAAGCGCCCCUUCAUCGACGAAGCCAAGAGGCUCCGCGCCCAGCACAUGAAGGACCACCCCGACUACAAGUACCGCCCCCGCAGGAAGCCCAAGACCCUGAAGAAGGACGGCUACCCCUACAGCAUCCCCUACCCUGCAGUCUCCAUGGACCCCCUGCGUGGAGGUUUCCCCUCGCAGCUGUCUCCCUACUACUCCGCCAGCGCCGCCGCAGCUAACUACGGUUCCAUCACUGCUGCACACAUGGCCGCCGCCGCUGCAGCUGCAGCUGCCGCUCAACAGCAGCUCACUACACAGACUUCGCAGGCCAGCCCCGUCGGCUACGGCUACGACGCCUCCAAGUACAGCAGCUACAUGACCGGAGCCUCGGGUUACCCCAUGAGCAUGUACGGAUCCGCCGCCGCCGCCUCCGAUCCCAAAUACGGCGACGCCAGCAAGGCCGCGGCUGCGGCUGCCGCGUCCGCCGCCGUCGGAGGCUACGAAGCCGCCAAGUCGUACCUGGACAGCAGCAAGUAUCUGUCGGACAAGUACGGCCUGGAGAAACCCACCUCGUACCUGGACAAGGUCGCUCAGGAGCCCAAGGACACAGAGAUGAAGAGCGCCUCGCCGGGCGUAGGCGGCGUCAACCCAGGCUCCAUGGGCGGCUACGGGUCGGCCGCGGGCGCCCUCAGCAACUACUACAGCCAGGCAGCAGGGAGCUCGGCCUUCCAGCCUUCCGGAGCCCUGAGCCAGGGCGUUCCCUCCACCAUGGCCGGCCUGCUGCAGCCAUCGCAGGUGGCCUCGUACACCAACGCUCAGUACCCCCCCGUCGGGGCCGACUACCGGAGGCCUUUGUCCGUGAUCUUCUAGAGCGCGCGCUGCGUGACCCGACGGCGGAGGAAAGCUGUUCUUGUUGACUGUGUGUGGUCAGUGCAGUGGUAGUUGGACCCCUUCCUGUACAUACCUAGUCACGGGGUCUUGUACAUAUGUAAAUACGGGCAUGUUAGACGUCUUUCACGGAAUUUAUUUAUGCAAGUGCCUGGAUGUUGCUGUUGAUCUUGUUGGUUGAUGCUUACUGAGUUCCUGUCCACAGUACAAGCUAAGAGGAGUGCCUGGGAGAGCCAGAAAACCAUUGUAUUCGGCAUUACGGUAUACCUAGAAGUGCAUGAACAAUUUAGACCUAAAAAACACAAAA